CGCUAGGUGGCGCUUCAUAUGCUAGACUGCGUGUUUGUGUGUGAUCGAGCACAUGAGAGUUAGAUUUUUUAGAUCAAGAACAGAUUGUGAUUAAUUCAUUAGAACAGCAGCCAUGUCUCAAGCAAUUGUUACCAUGCUUGGUAUUGGUGGAAUAGCCUUGGCCAUGUUUGUCAAUUUCUCCAUCCACAAAAUUGAAGAAGGUCAUAUUGGAGUGUAUUACCGGGGUGGUGCUCUGCUGUCCUCAACCAGUGGGCCUGGCUACCACUUCAUGUUGCCUUUUCUGACAUCGUACAGAUUCGUUCAGACCACUUUGCAGACAGAUGAAGUGAAAAAUGUACCAUGUGGAACCAGUGGUGGUGUUAUAAUUUUCUUUGAGCGUAUUGAAGUUGUCAACAAACUAAUGGCAUGGGCAGCUCUAGAUAUUGUUCGUAAUUACACGGCAGACUACGACAAGACGUUGAUCUACAACAAGGUGCACCACGAGUUGAACCAGUUUUGUAGUGUCCACAAUCUGCAGGAAGUCUACAUAGAAAUGUUUGACCAGAUAGAUGAGAAUUUAAAGCUAGCUCUACAGAAGGAUUUAAACACCCUGGCUCCUGGUCUGACUGUCCAGGCUGUUCGGGUAACCAAACCCAAGAUUCCCGAAUCCAUUCGCAGAAACUACGAAGCUAUGGAAGCUGAAAAGACGAAGCUAUUGAUCGCAGUCCAGAAACAGAAAGUUGUUGAGAAGGAAGCUGAGACUGAAAGAAAGAAAGCUGUCAUAGAGGCUGAGAAGACUGCGCAAGUGGCCAAGAUAACCUGGGAGCAGAAAGUUAUGGAAAAGGAAUCAGAAAAGAGGAUGUCCGAAAUUGAGGACAUUGCUCAUUUGGCUAGAGAAAGAUCAAGGGCUGAUGCUGAAUUUUACAAAACAGAGAAAGAAUCUAAGGCAAACAAGCUGAGGCUAAGUAAGGAAUAUCUGGAACUAGUGCGACUCCAGUCUGUGGCAAAGAACACUAAAAUCUAUUUCGGUAACAACAUACCAGGGAUGUUUGUGGAUCUGCACCUUGAUCAGGAGUUACUGCCCAAGAAAUCACCAUGAUCGAGGGAAGUGCUGAAAUCAACAUUCCCAAGUAUCCAUUGCUCAAUUAAUUUGAAGAUUACUAUUGUUAUGUCUGAAUUCCUUUUUCUGUUUUGGGGUAAAAGAUUUAACUGGUAAAAAGCUAACUGGUGUGUGCAACAUUCUAAUCCGUUAUGUUGAAACUUGAUGGUUUUACACUAGACUUGAUAUACUAACUACUUGAUGAUCUAUAAACUGUACUUCAAGUCUUGUGUUUCUCAUAUGGUGGGUUCCUUGGGAGUGGAGGGUGGAUUGCAGGUUUGUGUACUCCAAGCUGGCCUGGUGCUUAUAAAACUAGAGUCUAGACUCAAGACUAAUAGAGUCUGAGACACUAAUGUCACCAAUGUCAUGGCAACGCCAUACAAAUUGUAUGCGUGUGACGUCAUUAGAGAUUGUGUCUGGACUUGAAACGUUUUAUAAACACAGGCCCUGGUGUGCAUAUUGUCAGGAUUAAUGAAUCUGAUUUUGUUUGGUUGCAGUGACCAAACACCAAGGCUCAUUGUCAUAAAAUGUUAGUCUUGACUCAAAUCUCUAAUGACUUCACAUGUAUGCGGUUUGUCUGGCAUUGCCAUUGUAUUAAAAAUUCAGACUGUUAUUUUGAGUUUAGACUAUAACAUUUUUUUUUAUGAGCACAGGGCCAGAGUCUGUGAGGUACUGGGUUCGUAUCCCAUGUUUUUUCUUCAUUUUAUUAAAUGCCAAAACACGGACAAAGACAUUGUUUGUUUUUGGACAUUACAAACAUGAAUCAUGGUGAUGAGAUGAAUGGUGAAGCCACAGUAUUUUCAUUUCAAUAUGGGACUACUUGACAUGGUCGUGCUCCACGCUUCCUGUCAGUUGAGCUAUCUCGGUAUCACCCGAGCCUGCAGUACACAGAACCUGCAGUGCAUGUCGGGUAAUCAUCCCCCAUGUAAGGAUCAUUUACUCGUGAGACGCACGCAUAAUCGCACCCGUGAAGUGGGUGAAACUCGUAUGUGGCGUUACAUCUAC